AUGAAUAGCUACCGAAAAAAGCAUACAAUAUUGAUGUUCCCAUGGUUAGGCCAUGGUCAUGUUUCACCUUUUCUUGAACUAGCCAAAAAACUCAACAACACAAACAUGUUUAACAUCUACCUUUGUUCGACUCCUGCUAACCUUGAAUCGGUCAAGAAAAUGUCGAAAACAGAUUGUUUGUCAUCCAUUAAGCUCAUAGACUUCAAUCUUCCAACAUUAACAGAUCUCCCUCCACAACUUCAUACCACUAAUGGCCUCCCUCUUCAUCUUAUGCCUACUCUUAAGCAAGCUUUUGAUAUGGCAGCCCCUAAGUUGUCCAAAAUCAUGGAGUUUCUUAAACCCGAUUUGCUUAUUUAUGACAUGAUUCAAUAUUGGGCUCCAAUGGCUGCUACUGCCCUUGGAAUCCCUUCUGUUGUGUUCAUUACCACCAGUGCCACUAUGGCUUCCACAAUGUUUCAUCUUUACUUGAACCAUUCCAAAGGCAUUGCCUUUCCUUUCUCAAAAAUUUUCUUUCGUACCUAUGAGUAUGGGAAUGUCACUGACAUUCUUGAGAGCUUGGCGAAUGGCAUAAAAGAUAAAGAUCGUGUCAUGCAAUGUGUGUGUAAUUCUUCAAGUAUUGUGCUUGUUAAAUCUUUUAGGGAGAUUGAAGGUAAGUAUGCUGAUUACCUUUCUAAACAGACCGAUAAAAAAGUUGUACCUGUUGGUCCACUUGUUGCGGAACCAAUUCAUGUAGACAUGGAACAAAACAAUGUGAUCCAAUGGCUCGAUAAAAAAGCCUUUGGAUCUACUAUUUUUGUUUCUUUUGGGAGCGAGUAUUUUCUUUCAAGUGCUGAUUUGGAAGAAAUAGCAUAUGGUUUGGAGAUGAGUAAUGUGAACUUUAUUUGGGUGUUAAGGUUUCCAAAAGGGGAGAAAAAAGUUGAGCUAAAAGAAGCUUUGCCAUUAGGAUUUCUUGAGAGGGUUAAAGAUAGGGGUUUAUUGGUUGAAGGGUGGGCUCCACAAACCAAAAUACUAGGACACAAAAACAUAGGUGGAUUUGUUAGUCAUUGUGGUUGGAGUUCAGUGAUGGAAGCUAUGAAAUUUGGUGUUCCGAUUAUUGCAAUGCCAAUGCAUCUUGACCAACCGGUCAAUGCUCGAUUAGUGGUUGAAGUCGGGUUUGGGGUGGAGGUGUUAAGGGAUGGAAGUGGGCGUCUUAGGCGCGAGAAGAUGGCAUCAGUUGUGCAACAAGUGGUCCUGAAGGAGUCUGGGAAAGUUGUGAGGGAAAAAGCUAAGAAAAUGAGUGUUGAUUUGCAAGAAAAGGGGGAUGAGGAGAUCGAUAUGGUCUCUGAGGAGCUGCUCCAACUAUGCAAAGUUGGUCGCAAGCGUCGUGGUGGUGGUGUGAGGAGCGGACUUCAGAAGACGAAAAGUGAUGCUGUUGCUAUGAUUGAAAUGCUUUGUGCAUUCAAGGGUGAAGCUUGA